AUGGUUCCUAUAGCAGACAACAUGAACAUGACCCCAGAGCAUCCAACACAAAACUGCUCCAACUGCAGCCAGGCGUUUGUCCCAGAGCUCAAUGUGGUCAAGGCUGUCGUGCUGGGACUGAUACUUGGGACAAUUAUUGUAUGUGGGGUUUUUGGGAACAUCCUGGUUAUCUUGUCGGUGGUCUGUCAUCGACACCUACGAACAGUCACACACUACUUCAUCGUCAACCUAGCGGUGGCAGACCUCCUACUGAGCUCCAUCGUUCUGCCCUUCUCUGCCACCUUUGAGAUCCUAGGGUACUGGGUGUUCGGAAGGCCCUUCUGCAAUGUGUGGGCAGCGGUGGACGUGCUGUGCUGCACAGCCUCCAUCAUGAGCCUGUGUGUGAUCUCAGUGGACCGCUACAUCGGGGUCAGCUACCCGCUGCGCUACCCAGCCAUCGUGACAGAGCGCAGGGCACUGCUUGCCCUGGUUGGCCUGUGGGCUCUGUCCGUCACCAUCUCCAUUGGCCCUCUGUUUGGCUGGAAAGAGCCGGCUCCAGAAGACGAGUCUAUCUGUAAGAUCACAGAGGAGCCUGCCUACGCCAUCUUCUCUGCUGUGGGCUCCUUUUACCUCCCGCUGGCCAUCAUACUGUCUAUGUACUGUAGGGUGUAUGUGGUGGCCCGCCAGGAGAGCCAGGGCCUGAGAGAGGGGCACAAAACAGACAAGUCAGAUUCAGAGAGCGUCACGCUGAGGAUCCACCGCGGCAACAUGGCCGUGUCUGAGGACGAGGCCCUGCACAGCCGCACACACUUCGCCCUGCGUCUCCUGAAGUUCUCCAGAGAAAAGAAGGCCGCCAAGACCCUGGGCAUUGUGGUUGGCUGCUUUGUGCUCUGCUGGCUCCCUUUUUUCCUGGUUCUGCCCAUAGGUUCCAUAUUCCCAGCAUACAGACCUUCGGACACAGUUUUCAAGAUCACCUUCUGGCUGGGCUACUUCAACAGUUGCAUCAACCCUAUCAUCUACCCCUGUUCCAACCAGGAGUUUAAGAAGGCCUUCCAGAGUAUUCUGGGAGUGCGCUGUCUGAGAGCCCAGUCCAGAGCCACUCAUCACCCGGGUCCAGCCCAGGUUCAGGGUCAUUCUCUCACUCUGAGACUAGAUGGCCGAGGGGACCCCUCCUGCUUCAGCCCCUCCUCCUCCAUAGCCCUGUCCCGCACACCCUCCUCUAGGGAUGGCAGGGAGUGGAGGGUAUUCUCUGGAAGCUCCGUGGCAGGGUCUGGGACAGCGGUAGAGACAGGACGGGCUAAGGUGGCCCAACUGUGCGGUAAGAAUCUGCUGAAGACCUGCUGUUGCAUCAGAGACAGGAGCUUCAGCCAGGGGCCCAGCCAGGGGCCCAGCCAUCCCCAGCCCCCUCCACACGGGACCCUGCCCAUCAUUAAGAUCCACCAGCUGUCUUUGUGUGAAAAUGGAGAGGCUGUAUAA